AUGGCGGACAGUGCGAGUGAGAGCGACACUGACGGAGCGGGCAGCAGCUCGGCCACCCCGAUGUCCUCCUCAGCCUCUAACUCUGCGAAGCCCAGCAUAGUCAUUUCACAGUUUCGUCUGGAGGAGCUCACCAACCGCUUGGCCUCGUUGCAGCAAGAGAACAAAGUUCUUAAAAUUGAACUGGAAACCUUCAAACUCAAAUGUAAAGCGCUGCAGGAGGAGAACCGUGAUCUCCGCAAAGCUAGCGUCACCAUUCAAGCCAGAGCUGAACAAGAGGAAGAAUUUAUCAGUAACACGCUGUUUAAGAAGAUCCAGGCCCUGCAAAAAGAAAAGGAGACCUUGGCCGUUAACUACGAAAAAGAGGAGGAAUUCCUCACUAAUGAGCUGUCAAGGAAGCUCAUGCAUUCUCAAUCCAGCAGAGCAUCCUCUCCAGAAGCUCCACAAAGAGUCGAAGAUUCUGAUAAAAGAGCCCUCCCCCAUUGGGGUGGACAGGGCAUGGAGGUGGUGCAUCGAGAGGCAGUUACUGUGCACAAAAAAGCACGUUCGUCACCCAGAAGCUCUGGGGAAGAUGGCUGA